AUGAGCGCCAAGCUGAACAGAAACAGAGUCGGAGAAAAAAAAGUGUUCGAGUGCACUGCAAGCGUCUGCCAGCGCAGCAUCGACUUCUACGUGUCCACUGUGAAGGACUUUCGUGAUCGUCGCUUUGUGUUUAAGAAGCUGAAGAAAAAGGCCGAGAACGGGUUGCGCAACGCACACUAUUUGCAAGAGGCCGAGUUGCAGAACAAAGUUAUCUACUACGAAAGCUUGCAGCUCGCGUACAAGUGCAUUUUGAACUCGUUCUACGGCUACGUUAUGCGCAAGGGAGCUCGCUGGCACUCAAUGGAGACCGCCGCGAUCACCACAUAUACGGGCGGCAACAUCAUCAAACUUGCUAAGAAAAUUUGCGCAGGCGUCGGGCUGCCUCUCGAGCUCGACACCGACGGCAUUUGGACUCUGUUUCCCAGCAACUUUCCCACCAACUUUGAAGCGGGCACUGGUGCAGGGCGAUGCGAGUCUUCUUUCACGUUCAGCUAUCCGUGCUGGAUGCUUAACGGCGCGGUUGCGGAGUACUGCACGAAUUCGCAGUACCUGACGUGGAACGGUUACAGCUUCGAGCGCUCAAACGUAAAUACGAUCUACUUCGAGCUUGACGGCCCUUACAAGGCCAUGUUUCUGCCGGCGAGCGAAAAGAAGGACGCGCAGCUGAAAAAGCGCUACGUCGUCUACAACAAAAAAGGCGACAUUUCGGAGCUCAAAGGCUUCGAGCUCAAGCGUCGCGGCGAGCUCGAAAUGCUCAAGUUGUUCCAAAAGAAGCUCUUUCCAUUGUACAUCUCGGCCUCGUCGAAAAGCAAGAUCUUUCAGCGCGUCUCGGACCUGUGCGACAACUGGUUGCGCUUCUUGAGCACGAAAGGAAAGUACAUGGCGAACGAGAAAGUCGUCUUGAGUCUGCUUUCUGAGAGCACCACCAUCAGCAAGAGCUACAACGCGACGCCGAACAAGAAAACCAUGAGCAUGCAGUACUUGGUGUCGAAGUUGGACGACAUUGCGUGGCUGCUGAACGUGCGCGGCAACUCGAUCGAACACGCGCCCGUAGUGACCUCGUUCUUGCUGCUGAGCGCGAGCAGCGCCGUCUGGUACUUGCGCUUCAGACAACUGACGUGCGUGCCUUACGAAAAGGAGUUGAUCGACUUCGCUGCUGAGCUUAAUUUUGGACCAUAG